CAGUAGGUGGCGGUAUGUCGUCCGCAAUGAAAUCCACUGCCGAAGAAGAAGGAUUUCCGGCGCGUGAAGUCCGAACGUACAGAAACGCAAGCCAAUAAUAGACUAUUGUUUUCGCCUGCAGAUUAAUUGGAAAGAAAUAUAUCUAUUCUAGCAAACGUUGUCAUUUAUUCCGUACGGAAUAUAUAUAUAUAUUAUAUAUAUAUAUAUAUACACACAAUAUUAUAGAAUCAUUAGUUAUUUCUCAAUGUCUGGCGUUAGUAGGCCGCGGGGAAGCCUCGGACUCGAUUGGGCAAAGUACCUGUAGAGCGGUCGCACUGCGCGGGUCGGUUCGUGUCUACCGAGCAGUCAUGUUGCUAGACGUCAUUCAGUGUGUGGAAAGCGGAAGAUUCGUCAUCAUCCAAGACUCGGUGCAGUGCUGCGGGCGGCAGCUUCUCCAGAGCUUCAUGUGUGCAGCGCUAAAGCGGGAGGAGGUUGUCCACGUGUUGGCGUUCGAUGUUGCAGAAGAGGACUUGCGGGUGCCAUCGGACAGCGGCUGUGCGCAGAGGCUGUGUUUCCACGAUGGGUACACUGACCCCCUGGGCUGGAAUGACAGCCCACCGCUCACGGUACUCCAGUUCAGUCCCGGUGAGAUCCACGCCCUCCUCAGCCGCUCGGAGCAUCCGAAACCAGUGACACUGGUCAUCGACUCGCUGUCCUGGGUCCUGAGGCAUCACCCUCCGGCGGUUGUCUGUCAGUGUCUCCAGGAACUCAGGAGAGGUGGCGCAGUGAGAAGCAUUGUGGCGCUUCUGCACUCUGACUUGCAUCAGCAGGGCAUUGUGGGUAGCCUGUGCCACCUGGCUACUGCCAUUGUGACUGUGGCACCAGCGCUCAGGGGCCAUCAUACAGUUGCCAAAACUACACGACGCACCAGAUCCGGCAGAGUUACUCAAGAGGAGGAGUGUUUCAUUAUUAAGGAGGACCUGACAGUCACUGUGCAGAAACAGACACAUCACCCUGGACAGAGAGACACUGAACAGGAGGAGCCUCAAGCAGACCCUGCUGCACACUUGACUUUCAACCUUCGCCUGUCCGAGGCUGAGAAAGAAGCCAAGGAUAAACUGUCUCUGCCUUUUGUCUUCAGCCAAGAAAAGAAGUCCGCUCUCCUUCAGCCUCGGCCUGGUGCUGGCCAAAUCAUCUACGAACCUGACGCCAAUGAUGACUUUGACCAGGAGGACCCAGACGAUGAUCUGGAUGUGUGAUCUGGAGAAGUGGACCCCAGAAGCCCAAGCUGUGAGGGACAGAUUCGCCAUAGGUUCACUGGGCAGAGUGGAGGACAGUGCGUACAGCCAUGGAGCCAAUGAGGGCCUUUACUCUCUCUUCUGUGUGAUCCUUUGGGGUGUAGUAGAUGUUUCAUAACUACUGUGACUUGGAUCAUAAUGCUGUUGGAAAUCCAUUGGGAAGCGAAUGAGCUUAUUCUGUUUAAAAAAAAUUGUUGUAUUGUUUACAUUAACCACUGAAUGUGGGUGCAAAGAAAGGGGCUCUAAAUGUUAUAUUUUGUUUCUACAAUAAAAUACAUUUAUUCAUUUAUCUGACAUCUUUCUCCAAACCAAUUUAGAAUGUCAAUCUGCCUAUAGUUAUUUACCCAUUUGUACAGCUGGGAUUUUUUAACUG